GCGAAGCGAUACAAAUGCGACAAAUGUUCGCAAACCUACGGUCGCGACUGUCAGCUCAAACGGCACCAGAAGUCACGGCACGGCGUGCGGAAGCCGUACCGGUGCUCGCGUGACGGAUGUGACCGCCGGUACGCCAAACAGUCGCUACUGAAAGCGCACAAAUUGGCCAAACAUUGGUCGCCGGACCCGCAUUACCGGUGCCGAUACGGUCAGUGCGAGCGGCAGUUUGUGUCGGAGCGGCUGCUGAACGAUCACCGGCUCAGAGCCCACGCCGUGCACUACCCGUACCGGUGCUUACGGGAGCCGUGCGGCGGCGCAGACCCCUAUGGCUAUCCGACGGACGAUAUGCUAUUUCAGCACAAGUUGUCCGCACACUAUACCUGCGAUUACAAGCACUGCCAUCGGGCGUACGCCACACGUCAGGAGCUCAGCGAACACAGGCCAAUGUGCCCGUACGGGCCCAACUUCACGAGCUCCACCACCCGGUCGUACAGGUCUACGGAUAGGACUUAUCGGUGUACUGUUUGCCGGGAAGGGUACGACACUCGUAGGCAACUGGACGUCCAUACCUGUCAGCCCCGCAAACACCGGUCCGGACACUCCGUAACGGCCGACAGCAGCCCUGCGGACGACCCGCUGGUCAACACAUCCAAUAACGACUGCACGGCCGGUGUAUCGCCAGUGAAAGUCAUACCUCUGGAUGACAUACCGGUGCCCGAAGACAACGACAUACCUGUGCCCGAGAACACGACCGGCACUUUCCUUAACGACAUACCGGUGUUGAGCGCUGAAACACCAGCGGAUCCGUUGUCGUUACAGCCGGUACCCGACCUCUUAGGGGCGCCCAUACCUACUGAUAGUGUACUCACAACUGUUGUCAGCGCUGAUAAAUUUAACACUAAUAGUAUUGGCUAUAACCAUACAAUGAGUACUAUAGAAAUACAGGCGCUAAACAACAUACACACUAUCGACAUACCGGCCCUCCCGGUGCCCGCCCUCGCAGUCAGACCAUUGUUGGCUAAUUAUAUGAACGCCAGCGUUAGCCCAAUCGAUAUCACAUAUCAUAACUCCGGCACUACUGGUCCUACACCGGUCUUACCGUCGCCUCCUAUGAGUCAAGUGUUGUUUCCAUGCGAUGAAUGCGACCAAACAUUUGUGUUUCGGUCCAAUCUGGCCGACCAUAAGGCCUGCGCCCACCCGAGCCCUUAGUAAACGUUGGAC